GGAGUGUGGCUCCUCCUGGCGGCACCGGCCCUCUUCUGCCGCUGGUUCUGUCUUCCCUUGUGACAUAAAUACCUGUGUGUUAGAGAAAAAGGUGCUUGUGAGUGCUGUUGUUACAAGCCAAGUUGUCACGCGUUAGUGAGAUGAGUGACAGUGACGAGCGGGACUACGGUCGAGGCUACAACAGCGACAAGCGUAGCAGCAGUAGCAGCAGCAGUAAUAACAGAAACGCUUAUGGCUACGGCGGAGGCGGCUACGAGAGCUCGGACAGCAACAAAGAUGACAAGUACAACAGCGGCUACCACGAUGGCGGAUCAUGGGGCAAGGAUGACGACGACGAGGACGACGACCGUGGUCGUGGUGGGUACGAGUUCACCUACAGCGACCAAGGUCACCCGGACAGCCCCGGCAGUGACCGGGGAGUCUUCGCCAGCUGCAGACGGAGCAAAAGUGUCAGUAGCCACAGUAGCAAAAGGAGUAUCGGAGAAAUAGGAGGGUUCGAAGUCUCGUAUCACAGGGAAGAGAAGAGCAGCGACUGGAGCCCGAAGAGAUGUAGGAAGUCCCGAGACAGUAGCAGCCGGAGCAGCAGCCAAGAGAGCGACAGAUAUCGCUUCAGGUUCGGUGAGAACGACAGCGACGACGAGAAGCGUAGGAAGCGGAAGCACGCGGCGGCGGCGGCCUCCUACUUGGAGGAGGAGUCCGGUAGAUCUGGACACAACGACUUGCCCUGCUGUUGUGUCGUGUUGUGAAGGGUCACGACGACAUCAUCUGCUGUUAUGAAGUGGUCAGGAGCCAUAACAACAUUCUCUACCGCUGGAGUGUCGUGCUGUGAGGAGCCAUGACGACCUCACAUUCAUUUUUGUCGUGCUGUAGGGUGGCCAUGAUAAUAUCGUCUGGUGUUGUGUCGUGCUGUCAAGGGCCAAGACGACAUCUGUUGUUGGGUCGUGAUAUGAGGACGUGACAACCUUCCUUAUUGUCGUGUUAUGGGGAGUUACAACGAUUUUUGCCUAUUUAUGUGUCGUGUCACGAACAGCUGUGAUGACCUUCCCUAUCGUUGUGUCGUGGUACAAAGACCUACAACGACCUAUCUUUCCUAUUGUUGUGCCGUAUUUUAUAACCCACGAAAACUUUCCCCAAUUGUUGUGAGGACCUUCGACGACCUUCCCUAUUGUUGUGUCGUGGUCUGAGGACCUACGACGACAUUUCCUAUAAUUGUGUUUUGAAGACCUAUGACGACCUGUUGUGUCGUUUCCUGAGGAGCUUCCGUGUGUUAUUCCGUGGGCUAAGACUAAACGACAUAGGCUUAAGAGCAAAGUGUGCCAUAUACAAAUAACUUAUUAUCAAUAAGACUUGAGAAUGGUCCAGGACGGACCGAAACGUCGUCGUCCCUUCACCUUCUAGUGUGUGGUCUGGUCAACUUAUUAUCAAGCUUGCAUAAUUAUAUAUACGGUAUAAAGAAACUCAGCAGUGAACGAAAUAAUUUAAUAGUAAACAUAAUAACUCAUCAGUGAUCGAAAUAAUUCAGCAGUGAACGAAAUAAUUCAGCACCGAACGAAAUAAUUCAAUAGUGAACGAAAGAAUUCAGCAGUGAACGAAAAAUUUAACGAUGAACGAAUAUAUUAAGCAGUGAACGAAAUAAUUCAGCUAUGAACGAACAAAUUACAGAGGUGCAAAGUGCCAUAUAAAAUAAAAACGAUGAACAAAUAUAUACAAAAUAUAUAAAGGAAAAAUAUUAAUUUAUUUCAGCACAAAUAACCGCCUUAAUGACAUAUCAGAUCAAAGAAUAACUCUAUUCUUUCAUACAUUCAUAGACGCAUCAAUCUUGGGAUGAAUAGUUUUUAGGCGAGUUUUUGUAGAGAUUUUGCUAACGUCUUUUCUGCCUAAAAUAGUUAAUAUGUGAUCUUUUAAACUAUAUUACUGUAUUUCACAUCAGCGUCUGUUUGAGCGAACUUUUAAGGGAAUAUGUCCACAGUGAAUAUGAAGUUUAUAUAUAUAUAUA